CAAUGCUGCCAUGCUUGUUCCACAGUCGACAUCCGAUAAUCAUCUACCAUACGCCCGGGACGCCUUCAGUAGUCUUGCUUUGUGCGUCAUUGGCCAUUUUUUUCAACGCUUUUUCUCUUGGCUAGUCAGUUACUGCAUAAGCAACAUCGGACGGUUUUGUGUCAAGACUUCGCCUGGUGGCCGGACAAGCAACCAAAACUCGCUUUUGCUUUCCAAUCACUGUCUUCGCGGCCGUAACAGGGCCUCGGCUUCAACUGUUUGUGUCGCUGGCCGCAAUGGUGUAACUCACCGCCGCCGCCAACUAAGACAAUCCAUCCCUAACCAAAAGACUACAGAUCGCGUCACACCAAAUGAGUGCGCCGUUAGGUGGGAAUGGUAGAAGCGCCAUUGUUGCUCUUGACAAGCCAGGGCGGCCUGAACACAGCCACUGUUAGAGCCCAUGGGCAUAAGCUGCUUGCUCUGGAUCCGGAACGACCAUUACUGUUGAUCGUCCAGCCCAUGGCGCGUACUGUCGCACGCGUAAGCCAGGGCCAUGGCAGGAAACUCGGUGCUAGAGCGAAUGCCAUACACGACGCUUCUUCUCUCUCUCUGCCUCGAGACGCUAAGCCUCUAUUGACCGGAAAACCUCACCGAUCUCAGAAUCUGUACUGCUAACUCAUGCCCAUAGAGCGCGUUGAAGCCCAACUUGUAGGGCGCAUAACAAAAUGCCCCCAAAUCGGUGGACUCGCUAUGUAUGGCUACCAGAAAAGUGAGGCUGUAGCGGUGAAUGGUCCGCUUGACGUUCCACUUUCCGCAUCCGCGCUAAGUCCCAACCACUCACGCUACCUCUACAUGUUUAUUCUUGUCGAUAAGAUACUCUCGACUCGUUGAUUCCUUGGCAAGGUGGGCCACGUUUAACUCCAC